UGACUAUUUAGCUCCUCCCUCUUUCUUUCUCUUAUUUUAUUAUCUUUCUCCAAGAAAUAAAAUAGAAAAGAAAAUAUAUAUGGUUUCACAAACACCAUUACCAUAACUACAACGAGAAGAGGAUCUUUUUUAAGGAGAAAAGCAGAGAGAGAAGAGACGAGUGUGUGAAGUUUUUUUGUCUUUUGUUUCUUUUAUUACACACAAAUAGAUGAAACGAGGAAAGCUACUUCUUUUGCUACUUCCAUAAAAAGGUUCUUCCUUUCGCAGAGAAUCAACUUUGAUCAUCUUCUUCCUUCUCUUUCUUUCUUCUUCUCCCUCCAGUAAUGCUUAUAUAGUCUCCUCCUAUAUCUCUACCUAUACAUACACAAACCCUUUAUCCUCGAAAGCUUCCUCCUGGUUAGGUUUUUAUCAAACCCUUUUAGCCAAUCGGGAAAUUAACUAAAGAAGAAGAUAUGGUGAGGGGCAAAACUCAGAUGAAGAGAAUAGAGAAUGCAACAAGCAGACAAGUGACUUUCUCCAAAAGAAGGAAUGGUUUGUUGAAGAAAGCCUUUGAGCUCUCAGUGCUUUGUGAUGCUGAAGUUUCUCUUAUCAUCUUCUCUCCUAAAGGCAAACUUUAUGAAUUCGCCAGCUCCAAUAUGCAAGAUACCAUAGAUCGUUAUCUGAGGCAUACUAAGGAUCGAGUCAGCACCAAACCGGUUUCUGAAGAAAAUAUGCAGCAUUUGAAAUAUGAAGCAGCAAACAUGAUGAAGAAAAUUGAACAACUCGAAGCUUCUAAACGUAAACUCUUGGGAGAAGGCAUAGGAACAUGCUCAAUCGAGGAGCUGCAACAGAUUGAGCAACAGCUUGAGAAAAGUGUCAAAUGUAUUCGAGCAAGAAAGACUCAAGUGUUUAAGGAACAAAUUGAGCAGCUCAAGCAAAAGGUAAAGUAGUUUUUAUGAGUGUAUAUAAACAGAUAUAAGUAUGUAUGCAAAUUGUGUAAUAUUCCAAGUAAGUAAGCCUCUUGUGCUUGCUUUUUACAAAUUGGAAUCUAAAACUUUUGCAGGAGAAAGCUCUAGCUGCAGAAAACGAGAAGCUCUCUGAAAAGUGGGGAUCUCAUGAAAGCGAAGUUUGGUCAAAUAAGAAUCAAGAAAGUACUGGAAGAGGUGAUGAAGAGAGUAGCCCAAGUUCUGAAGUAGAGACGCAAUUGUUCAUUGGGUUACCUUGUUCUUCAAGAAAGUGAUCUCCACUCAACAAAAAAAACAAAAAAACAAACUAAGUAAAAACAGGUUUAGCAGUACUGAGAGUGUAUAAGGACAAGUAACAAAACUCUAAAGCUGCUUCUCUCUUGUUGUCUUAUUUCUCUCUCACUCUCUCUCUCUCAGUCACUUCUUUAAUGAUUCUGAACUGCUUGUGUUAUGUAUCUAUGUUCUUACACUUGCCUCUCUAGAAUGUAAUUUUGAUUAUGUUUUGUUUUCAUGUAUCAAUUUAGCUUUCUUCCCUC